AGCCAACUGUCAGAGACAUUCCUAAUAGAAUGCUGAAGUCGCCACACAUCUUGUGUAUCGGCACUCGGCUGUAUAUGUCUUAAUUUGUACGUCAUUGGCAUCGGCGCUUGAGUGACACAAGAUAGCAAACAAGGUCAAAGGACAUUUCUAUGUCCUCCACAGUCUGGAGGAACGAUGGACAACGCUGGCUAUUGCAGUGAGAGCUUCAACAGCCUGCAGAGUGGAACCAGCGAUGAGGACAUGGUGGAGAUCACAGGAGCCACGCUGGACUUUUCCAGCACAGAUGACGUGCCUCCUCUGGACCGGGACUAUGGCUCAGGUGGUUCAUAUGGAGCUGGAGAUGGGCCUAAUGGGGUUCCUAAACUGAUGGAUUUGCUAGAUGAGCCGGUGCCUGGGGUCGGCACAUAUGAAGACUUCAACACCAUCGAUUGGGUCCGGGAGAAAUCUAAAGACCGAGAUCGCCACAGAGAGAUUGCUACCAAGAGUAAAGAGUCAACCUGGGCUCUGAUGAAAAGUAUCAGCGAUGCCUUCUCUGGCUGGCUUCUCAUGCUGCUCGUGGGACUGAUGUCAGGUGCCCUGGCUGGUGGGAUCGACAUCUCUGCCCACUGGAUGACAGAUCUGAAGGAGGGAGUGUGUCUGAACGGCUUCUGGUUUAAUCAUGAGCACUGCUGUUGGAACUCCAAAGAGACGACCUUCCAGGAGAGAGACAAAUGCCCUCAAUGGAAAAGCUGGGCAGAGCUCAUCGUCGGCACCAACAACGGCCCUUUCGCCUACAUCAUGAAUUACCUGAUGUAUGUGUGCUGGGCACUGCUUUUCUCCUUCCUGGCUGUGUCUUUAGUCAGGGCCUUUGCCCCAUAUGCCUGUGGCUCUGGAAUACCUGAGAUCAAGACCAUCUUGAGUGGGUUUAUCAUCAGGGGCUACCUGGGUAAAUGGACUCUUAUGAUUAAAACCAUCACCUUGGUGCUGGCUGUGUCAUCUGGACUGAGCCUGGGCAAAGAAGGGCCUCUGGUCCAUGUGGCCUGUUGCUGUGGCAACAUCCUAUGCCACCUCUUCACCAAGUACCGCAGGAAUGAGGCAAAGAGACGAGAGGUAUUGUCUGCCGCAGCAGCCGUUGGUGUGUCAGUAGCUUUUGGCGCACCGAUCGGUGGCGUUCUCUUCAGUCUGGAAGAGGUGAGUUAUUAUUUCCCUCUGAAGACGCUGUGGCGCUCUUUUUUUGCUGCGUUGGUGGCGGCCUUCACCCUUCGGUCCAUCAACCCAUUUGGUAACAGCAGGCUGGUGCUCUUCUAUGUGGAGUUCCACUCCCCUUGGCACUUGCUGGAGCUCAUUCCCUUUGUCCUGUUGGGUAUUUUCGGAGGAAUCUGGGGAGCUUUCUUCAUCCGUGCAAACAUUGCGUGGUGUCGCCGGCGUAAGACCACGCGGCUGGGUCACUACCCUGUCCUGGAGGUGCUGGUUGUUACGGCGGUCACAGCUCUGCUGGCGUUCCCUAACAGCUACACGCGUAUGAGCACCAGCGAGCUGAUCUCUGAGCUGUUUAAUGAUUGUGGCCUGCUGGAUUCCUCACAGCUGUGUAACUACACCAACGUGAGCAUCACCAAGAGCAACAGCGACGCUCUGCCUGACAGGCCAGCGGGACAUGAGGUCUACACAGCCUUGUGGCAGCUGUCACUCGCCUUGAUCUUCAAGAUGCUCAUCACCGUGGUGACCUUCGGCAUGAAGGUGCCCUCUGGUCUCUUCAUCCCCAGUAUGGCUGUGGGAGCGAUCGCAGGCAGGCUGCUCGGUGUAGGUAUGGAGCAGCUGGCAUAUUACCACCAUGACUGGGUAAUCUUUAGAGGCUGGUGCUCACCUGGAGCGGACUGCAUCACUCCAGGCCUCUAUGCUAUGGUGGGCGCUGCUGCCUGCUUGGGCGGUGUGACUCGUAUGACCGUCUCUCUGGUGGUCAUAAUGUUUGAGCUAACGGGCGGCCUGGAAUACAUUGUGCCUCUCAUGGCUGCCACCAUGACUAGUAAAUGGGUGGCAGAUGCUCUGGGUCGAGAGGGCAUCUAUGAGGCUCACAUCCGUCUCAACGGCUACCCCUUCCUGGAGUCUAAGGAGGAGUUCAGCCACAAGACGCUGGCCAUGGAUGUGAUGCGACCUCGCCGUAGCGACCCCCCACUCUCCGUGAUCACACAGGAUGGGAUGAGCGUGGAGGAAGUCGAGUCGCUCAUUGCUGAAACGUCGUACAGCGGUUUCCCUGUUGUCGUCUCACACGAGUCUCAGAGACUCGUGGGCUUUGUGCAGCGCAGAGAUCUGGUCAUCUCUGUCGAAAAUGCUCGUCAGCGUCAGGAAGGUGUGGUCAGCGCUUCCCGAAUCUUCUUCACUGAAUACACACCUCCACAGUCACCCAACAGCCCUCCGCCGUUGAAGCUUCGUGGUAUCAUGGAUCUCAGUCCAUUUACCGUUACAGACCACACCGCCAUGGACAUUGUGGUGGACAUCUUUCGCAAGCUUGGUCUGCGCCAGUGUCUUGUCACUCACAACGGGCGUUUACUGGGCAUCAUCACCAAAAAAGACAUUCUGAAACACAUGGCCCAGAUGGCCAACCGAGACCCUGACUCUAUUCUCUUUAACUGAAGUGCCAAACGGGCUGUUAUGAAGCACCAGCCAGUUUGAAGCAACCCACUGGGCAGAAAACACCAGUCUGGCCGAAUGAUUUGCACUACAGAACUGUCAGUACUGGAUUAGCGUCCAUUCACACUGUGAAUCCAUUUGUAGGGUCUUAUUGGUACAGGCGCUACAACUGCAGGAUGGAGAACCUUCAGCAGCAUUCUAUGCACUCCAGCAAAUAGCUUAAGAGGUGGGACUGAGUGCAACCAAGUCUUGGUGUUUGCAAAUAGCCAACCUAUCAUAACAUAUCAAAGCAUCAAAUCAUAUCACAAUAUAUACACCACACAGACAAGUGAAGAAAUAGUUGAAAUCAUUACAUUUUGUAGCAUAAAUCUGUCUAAAUAUAGACAUUCACCUACCUGGUCUACCUUGGAUUGUAUUACUCAACCCCAAAACACUUCUGGUCAGAAGACAUGUCUCAUCUUUCAGAUUUUAGGAGACAUUCUUGUGUAUGUCAAGAGGAAGUCACAAGCGAUCAGUGAUAUCAAUCAGUGCAUAUUUCCCAGGAGUUCUCCUCCCUUCCACUAUGCGAUGGAUGUUAAUCAUCAGUUAAGCAUUAUUUGUUGUUUACAUGUUCAUGCACAUUUUUUUUUUUCUGUUUAAAUGAGCAUUUGCAAGUAUUCCAGCAUCUAUAAGCUCUCGGGCUGAAUUAUAUGAAUUAGUUUUUGAGUAUCAACAGUUAGUGAAUUUGAUGAUUCAGUUUCCUCAUUUUGUCAAGUCUUUAUUACGGUUCCAGAUUUUGUAAUCAGUCAUAAGCAGCACUGUGUAGUUUCUGCCAAGACAUGACGCAUUAAAAGACUCAUUCUGUAUAUGUUUUGUACAUGCACUUUCAAAAUUACAAUUUAAUUUUUACACUAACAUUCAAAAGUUUGGGGUUAGUAAGAUUUUUCAUGUUUUUGAAAGCAGUCACUUAUGCUCAUCAAGGCUGCAUUUAGUUGAUCAAAAAUACAAUAACACAGUAAUAUUGUGAAAUGCUAUUACAAUUUAAAAUAUCUUUAAUAUAUUUUAAAAUGUAAUUAAUGCCUGUGAUGAAAAAGCUCAAUUUUCAGCAUCAUUACUCCAGUCGUAAGUGUCACAUGAUCCUUCAGAAAUCAUUCUAAAAUGCUGAUUUGCUGCUCAAGAAACAUUUAUUAUCAAUGUUGAAAGCAGUUGUGCUGCUUCAUAUUUUUGUGAAUAGAAAGUUCAAAAGAACAGCAUUUAUUUGAGUUAGAAAUCUAUAACAUUAUAAAUGUCUUGCAGUAAUUUUUGAUCAAUUUAAUGCAUCCCAGCUAAAUAAAAGUGUUUUCUUUUUUAAAAAAAAAAAUCUGACCCCAAACUUUUUAACAAAAGUGUAUGUAGUUAUCAAACAUUGUGCUCUUAAUACCACUGUUAAAACCAAAUGUAUGUAGCAUUUUCCUAUGCAAGUUAGGUUGCCAUAUUUUUGGACAAUAUGAACAUGCGAUUAAUGCAAAUGCAUUACGUUAUGCUUGUAUGCAUUGCCUGUACCAUUUAUAUUCCUAUCACAUGCAUGUCCAAUUGUAACCUGAGCAUGCAAAAUGUCAUCUGAAUUGUGUCAUUUCAUGAUAAGCAUACAAACCCAGAUGUUUCCAUUUUAAUGUUAAAGCCUGCAUCUGUCUGGUUCAACCUCUUUUAGUAAUUUGAAUCUCUGCUAGUCUACCACACCACUCUAAGUUAAUUCACAGUGGGAUAUAGAAUAAAUGCUAAGACCAUUAUAAACCAUACUUGAAACUCCCCCGAUGGCUCAUUAGCUUGGUUAGUUCUCAGCCCUUAGACGACUUCCACAGUAUUUCCAUUAAAAAAAAAAAAAGGGCCACUUUAUUAAGAACAUCUUAGAGCACUGUGUACUAAUUUUUGUUGAAAAAAUGUUUAAUAUUUGCCCAGAAAUCAUUUGUUGGGUUCUUUGUACUUUAAAUUAUGUAAACUUUUUUUUUGUUUUUUUGUCAGCAUUAUCCAUUAGUGUUAAAUAUGAAUGUCACCUUAUCAUUGUAAUUUAUUCAUAAGCACUACAUGAAAUAUAAUUACAUGUAACAUG